AUGCAGGUCAUCCCGAACGAGGACCAUCCCUCAGACCACUUCCCCGUCUUCGUCACCUUCACCCUGAAGGACAGCUACGAGAAGCACCGUGACUGCGCCAGGCGGCAUAACGUCUCCUCAUCUCUUUCCUUUGAGCUCUUUUCGUUUCUUCCCUUCCACCCAGCACCCAGCAUUCUCAGGGCCUGGUUGGAGUGUGUGGCGGGCCGGGAGAAGGCCGGAAUGUACAUGUUGGAGCCUCAGCAGCCCCAAAGCACCGACGGCGCGCAGGUCCAUCCGCUCACGGACGAGGAGCUCCGUGAUGCCUUCGAGCGGGAUCCCAAGAAUCAGGUUCCCAGUGCCCAGCAAUCCAGCAUGAUCCAAACAGCUGAGAGCAUGCAACGUGUGCCUGUGCACUGCGACGGAUGCCAACACUGCGAGCAGGAUCAGGAAAUGACUUCUGAGACUGUGAGUCUCCUUUUGCAAAGCAGCUGCCAUUUCUUGCAGACUAGGUUCUUCGACCGCGACCGGCAAGAGUGCAUCCAUCGCCGGGACUUGGAAGAAGCUUGCAGCGGCCUUGAUGGGACUGGCCACACUUGCGGAAAGCGGGUUUGGACCUUCGCUGUAACUUCAGCGUGGAUGCUCGGUGCUCGGACCGUCCAGCAUCUGCAGACCUUGCAGCUCGCACCGAUACUUUCAGAGGUGCCGAAGUUGCUGGUCGACUGCUUCCCAAACAAGAUUUCCUUCCAGAACUUCUUGCGUGCCUACGAGGCCAGCCUCGGCUCGGAUCGGAUGCGCGCAGUUGGAGACCUCGAGUGUGCCUUCCGCUACUUCGCGGGGGAGAAGGAUUCCAUCGAGAUCGACACGCUUGAGGCGGCCUUCCGGGAGAUCACCCCCAUCAGCUUCUCUGACGAUGAGGUGAAGGACAUGAUCGGCCGGGUGGCUCAAGACGGAAGUCCGUACGGAAAGGCAUCUGUGCAUCUCAAGGACUUCUGCGAGGUCUCCCCAGAAAGCGGAGUUACAGGGACAGAGUCCGAGACGUGGGCCGCCCGGAACGCCACGAAGGAGGGUAAAAGGGCUUGGCAAGUUUUUCAGUUUCUGGGUUUCGAGGGCUUUUUGGCGGCUUCAGGGGUUCAGUCGGCUCAGCUGCAGGAGAUCAGCACCCGCUUGACCAAGCUCCACAAGACAGUUUCCGGCCAAGGGCACAGGGCCUAA